AUGGCUGCUGUUGUUGACAACUCGAUAAAUUUUAGCAAUAUUUCUUCAAAAAUUGGAAAUCUACUUUUUGGGCGAACUGAAGGAGAUAGAAAAAAUCUCAGUAAAUAUCUAGACGAAUUAAAUUCUAUUAACUAUAGAUAUCCAGUUGUAUCCAAUCAAACGAAAGCUAUACUUCUAGUAAAUCAGUGCUGUAGCUUCAUUCCAACAGACGAUGAAGUUUUGUUACAAAAAUGCAGCCAGUUACUAUGUAAUUUGGUUAACAGGCAAAAUAUACCAAUUGAAGGAAGAACACUGACUGUUGCAAUCAACUGGUGUAUGAAUGGACUCCGAACAAAGAAUCAAAGUGUUUUAUUAGACGUUUUGAAAGCUCUGGAAGCUUUACUCAGAAUUAAUGUUAAAAACUUGAGAGUGCUCUCUGGUAAUGUAAUUAAAGAACUAAAGGGACUCAUCACAUUUGAGGAUGAACAUUACCUACCAGAAGUUAAUUUAUUGGUUCUACAAUGUCUUGAGGCAUGCACAACAAUAACAAAUGAAAUUGAAACUGAAUAUCAAGAACAAUUGGAAAUAUGUUCACAGAUUUUUAUGAAUCAAUUGCAUGCAAAACACAAUUAUAGUGAAAAUCUUGUUUCUACAAAGAUACUACAAAUUAGUAUUUUUGGACUCCAAAAUGUAGUUAUUCAACAUCCUGAAUUUUUGAAAAGUGAACUAGGUACCCUUUUGGGUGUCAUCAAAACAUUCAUGUUGUAUGGCAUGAAGGGUAUAGAUUUUUUGGUACCCUCAAAAGUGUUGCCAUCAACACUUAGUAUUCCAGAGCCACCAAUUAUUGUAAGGGAGAAAAAAGGAGGAAAGCUUACUAAACAAAGAAAGCACAGGUCUUCUGGAGUUAAUAAGAAAGAGCAACGUCAUUCUGAUGAUUUUGUAUUUGAUAAUAGAAAUGUGGGAUAUACCCGAGGAUAUACCCCUGCAAAUACUGGUUUGGAAAUCAAUUUGGAGGCUGGAGAAAACUCAACAGGUACAGAAAAUAGGUUGAAAACAAGUGAUUCUGAUUUCUCUGACACAGAAUCUGGUGCAAUUGGAAAAAUUGUUCAGAUGCAAGGAAGAGUGAGACAGGCAGCACUCAAUUUAUUCUACAAUGUGGUCAAGCACACCGAUAAAUCCACCGUUUUCUCGUAUUGGUCCAGUUUUAUACCAGAUGAUUGUAGAUCUGGCCAACACAAUCUAGUCAUUUGUAUAUUGAAAGAUCCCUCACCAAGAAGUAGAAUGGCAGCUUUGAAAGUUCUGCUUUUGCUCUUGACCACUUCGAAAUCAUUUUUGUGCCAAGCUGAAUCUAGUGAUAAAAGUACGUCGUUCACGCCAUUUUGCGUAGUACUUGGCCUCACUUUGAAAGAACUGCACAGAGGUCUGAGUUUGGCUCUCACUGAGAAGUUCGCACUGGUUUUAACACAAAUAUUGAAGUGUUUUGCAGCUUUAGUACAAGCCACGCCGUAUCAUAGGAUGUCUCCAGGUCUUAUCACUAAAGUGGUGCGGAAUUUGAAACCAUUAAUUCACAGCAACCAAGAUGCUUCUGUUCAAGUGACUGCAUUAAUAGUUCUCGGCUGUGUUUUGGCCUCUGAACCUGUUGUUCCAGAAACUAAAGAAGCUAUGUUAAAAACACAUUGUUUUACAAAUAAUCAGGAAAUAGAUGGUAAAACAGAAUUUGCAACGGAAAUAGGAGUGACCAACACUGAGGAUAUUGAUUAUGUCGAAUUUGUUUCUGAUGAAGAAGACUCUAGUGAUAGUACUAUGCCAUGGCUCCUCGAAAAAUGUAUCAAUAAUUUACUUUCAAAGUCGGAUGAGAAACCAGAUCCAUCGGAUAAUAAUGAGCAAGGUUACCCCAAGAUCCCAGUACCAGUAAAGUUAGAAUCUCUGCAAGUGAUAUCCGCAAUGAGUACGAAUUACUUCGAAAUUCUCGUCUCGCCGUACCUUGGUUUCAUCACGAAGGCCCUGGACGUAUCGUUGACCGACAAGUAUAUAGAUCUGAGGCUGCACGCUGGACGAGCUGUCGACUUUAUUGGGCAAGCCAUCGGGAGAUGUUUGGCUAACAAAGACAUGAAAGCUGCCAUUCCUUUCGAGGAUUACCUGUUUUUCUGGCAGACAUUACUAAAUGGCUCUUUAGUGGAUCUUCUACAAAGUGAGCAACAUUCUAUUUUAAGAGCCGUUGGCUGUGAUUGCCUUGGAAGUAUUGGAUCUGAUAUCUUCGAGAAACUACCCAGAGAUAAACAAAUAUUAUGUGUCACACUUUUAUUCGCCUUCUCCAGGGAUUCCGAGAACAGCGUGAAAGCGGCUGCUAUCAGAGCCCUUGGAAUGUGUGUGCUUUAUCCACCUUUGAGAGAUGAUCCUGGAUUCGUAGUUGAUACAGCAGAAGCAAUAUAUUCUACGCUGAAAGAUGAAAAUUUGCUAGUGAGGAUAAAAGCAUCUUGGGCUUUAGGGAAUUUGAGUGAUACUUUAGUUUUGAAUAGGAAUUGUUCAAAAGAAUCUGAGGAAAUUCCUGAAGAUCUCAUUCUGAAGCUUUUGCAGAUCAGUAUUAAAGGAUCAUCGGACAAUGAUAAAAUCAAAAUGAAUACAGUACGCGCCCUAGGUAAUUUGAUGCAGUUGUUCACUGAUCGAAUGAUGGAAAAAAGUAAAUUAGUUGAAGCGACAGAACAAGCAUUUGGGGCCUUGGUUACAAGUUGUACCACUGGUGCUAAUGUGAAAGUGAGGUGGAAUGCAUGUUAUGGUCUGGGAAAUGCCCUGAAAAAUCCUUGCUUGUACCACAAGUCGAGUACUACUUGGCAGAAAUUGGUCUUUGACGCCCUGGCGGAAUUGGUUGUGAGUUUCCGUAACUUCAAAGUACGCAUAAAUGCUGCCUUAGCAUUAUCUUCCCCCACCCUUAGAGAACAUUACGGGCGGUUUUACUUUCCGGUAUGGACGGCGCUGCUGAAAGCCUUGGAAAACUCUCAGCACAUGGAAGAUUUCACCGAAUACAAACACAGGGACCAUCUUAUAGAGCAGGUUUGCUUGUCUUUAGGUCAUCUAACAACUUUAUUGCGUGAGGAUGAUUUGUUACAGCUUCAGGGCACACUUGACCUUUACUUUGACAUUUUAAAGGGUCAUACGCAUAAAGUAUUGGAGAGACUUGUUCCCGAAAAAUCUACCACUCUGUCAUCAGCUUCUUUUGCUUUGAAUCGGUUCAGUAAACUAACUGGCCUUAGUGAAGACCAAAAGCAUGUUUUGAAUUGUUUAAUGGAUGUUUUUGUACCAGAAGUUUAG